AUGCGUAAAACUACUCUUUUCGUUGCUGGCUUUGGUCAAAUGCGUGCUAAAGAUCUUGCUUAUGAGUUCGAACGCUACGGACGAUUGGUGAGAUGCGACAUUCCGGCUGCUAAAAGUUCAAAUGCCAAAACCUACGCAUUUGUUGAAUUUGAGGACGAUCGUGACGCUGCUGAUGCCUAUUAUGAAAUGCACGGCCGUCGUCUCGAUGGUGACACUUUGAAUGUCCAAUGGGCCAAAAAUGCGCCCUCAUCUUCCUGGCGGUAUGAGCGUCGGGACCGAUCUCCCGUUCAACCUCGUCGUUCUUACCGGUCCCCAUCUCCUUACCAUGGUAGAAGCAGUCGACGCUCGCCUAGUCCUUAUCACGGCCGCUCUUCCCGUCGCAGUCGUAGUCCCCUUCCCCCCAGGCGCAGUCCCACUCCUGUUGACAAACUUGAUGAUCGUGACCGCCUCGACCGACUUGAUCGACUUGAUCGACUUGACAGAGUUGACCGAGUCAAGGAUGUGAAAGAUGAACGCGAUGAUUAUCAUCACUCUAGUCGCGCUCAUGCACACGAUGAUGUCCCCGAAAAAGGGCGAGCUGUUAGUCGAUCACCCCUUCGAGAUUAA